AUCACACCACACACACUUUUUUCUCUUCUUCUUUUCAUUUCUAUCUUCUCUCAAUAUUUGUACUAUCUUCUCCAUAAAUUCCUCUUCAUCAAAACUAUACACUUUCCAUUCACUAGCAAGUAGAAACCACCAAAACAAUAUACAACAACAACAAAAAAUGGUGGGUUUGAGUGUAGUAUUAGAAUCUCAAAAAGGUGGUAUAAUAAGCAAGAACAACAAGAAAACUCCCCAAGUUAUUAACAAAGCAAUGAUGCUUAAUAGCUUCCAUAAACAAUCUCCUUUUCAUCAUGAAUCUCAUUUUCAGGAACAACAACAUACAACGUUUCUGAAACUAUGUUUUCUCUGCAGGAAAAGGUUGUUACCAGGAAAAGACAUCUACAUGUACAAAGGCGAUAGAGCUUUCUGUAGCGUGGAAUGUAGAUGCAAGCAGAUUUUCAUGGAUGAGGAAGAAAGUAACAAUAUUCAGAGUGAGAACUAUUAUUUUGCUGCAAUCUCCUCAUCUUCAUCUUCAUCUUCUUCAUCUUCAGAAGCUUCUUAUCAUAAAAAAGAAAAAAGAAACCAAAAUGGUGGUAAUAUUUAUUGAUACAUGAAUGAAGAAAGAAAAAGUAGAUUAGAGUUAGAGAGUAGAGUGAAAAUAUUGUGAGACAAAAAAUGGAUGAUUUUUUUUUUGUUUUGAAAUAGUUAUGUUCCGAUUUUACCCUGGUUAAUGUUGUGAUAAGUUCAAAGUGUUUUGUCCUUUUCCUUGUAUGAAGCUGAAACAACGUCCUUUCUACUUUUUAUUUUAUUUUAUUAUGGGCUCCAUUCUCUAACCUCUUUGGUUAUAUAGUGUGCUUUUUGGUUA